AUGCGGCGGUCCCUCUCCCUCCUCGCACGGCAGGUGGCUCGGCGGCGGCUGCUGAGCAACGUGCCGGAGUCCACUGUCUACGGGGGGCCACGCCCGCAGGAGUCCUCGGCGGCGCGGCGCGUGACGGUGACCACCCUCCGCGGGAAGCAUCGCCGCGGGGAGCCCAUCACCGUCGUCACCGCCUACGACUACCCCUCGGCGGUCCACGUCGACUCCGCGGGCAUCGACGUCUGCCUCGUCGGGGACUCCGCCGCCAUGGUCGUCCAUGGCCACGACACCACGCUCCCCAUCACGCUCGAGCUCAUGCUCGAGCACUGCCGCGCCGUGGCCCGGGGCGCGCCGCGGCCGCUCCUCGUCGGCGAUCUCCCGUUCGGCUCCUACGAGUCCUCCGCCGCGCAGGCUGUUGAUUCAGCUGUGAGGGUGCUGAAGGAAGGUGGAAUGGAUGCAAUCAAGCUGGAAGGGGGUGCGCCAUCGAGGAUCGCUGCAGCUAAGGCUAUUGUGGAGGCUGGUAUUGCAGUCAUGGGGCAUGUUGGCCUCACACCGCAAGCUAUUAGUGUGCUCGGUGGAUUUAGGCCUCAAGGGAAGACGGUUGACAGUGCUGUAAAGGUUGUGGAGACAGCACUUGCCUUGCAGGAGGCUGGAUGCUUCUCGGUUGUGUUGGAGUGUGUGCCUGCUCCAGUGGCAGCCGCUGCAACAUCAGCAUUGAAAAUCCCAACCAUUGGCAUUGGGGCUGGACCAUUCUGUAGUGGACAGGUCUUGGUAUACCAUGACUUGUUAGGGAUGCUGCGACACCCACAUCAUGCCAAGGUCACACCAAAAUUCUGUAAGCAAUUUGGUAACGUGGGCGAUGUCAUCAACAAGGCGUUAUCAGAGUAUAAGCAAGAAGUGGAAACUCAGACUUUCCCUGGUCCAAGCCACACACCGUAUAAGAUAACUCCCACAGAUGUUGAUGGCUUUGCAAAUGCACUGCAGAAGAUGGGUUUGAGUGACGCCGCAGAUGCUGCGGCUGCUGCUGCUCAAAACAGUGAGAAAGGUGGAGAACCAAACGGAAACUGUUGA